AUGGCCGAUGUCGACAUGACGGAUGCGCCCGGUACUGCCGUUGCCAAGAAGGCCGCCGAUGGCGAGAGCAGCAAGGCGGUCGACGCAAAGAAGCGCUUCGAAGUCAAGAAGUGGAAUGCCGUUGCAUUGUGGGCAUGGGACAUCGUCGUCGACAACUGCGCCAUUUGCAGAAACCACAUCAUGGAUCUUUGCAUAGAAUGCCAGGCAAACCAAGCGUCCGCUACUAGUGAAGAGUGCACUGUGGCCUGGGGUAUCUGCAACCAUGCUUUCCAUUUCCACUGUAUCUCUCGUUGGCUCAAGGCUCGACAAGUCUGCCCGCUGGACAACCGCGACUGGGAAUUCCAGAAGUACGGUCGUUGA